AGGGGCACUGCGACCCCUUACCACCUGCCUGUCCACCCAACCACCGAGGUCCUCUCCACCCUCCCCAGCUGCCUUGGGGUAGGAAAAGGACUCUUCAGCCUCAGCUUCUGACCUCCUCGGGUAUCUCACUCAGAGUUGCUCAAAAGUAGGGCCCCAGGGCUCGGAGCAGCUGGGGAUGGGUACCGAGAAAGAAAUCCCAGAACCGGACUGCCAGGAACAGUUCCAGGCUGCAGUCAGAGUCAUUCAGAACCUGCCUAAGAACAACAGUUAUUACCGCCCCUCCUAUGAAGAGAUGCUUCGAUUCUACAGCUACUACAAGCAGGCUACCAUGGGGCCCUGCCUUGUUCCCCGGCCUGGGUUCUGGGAUCCCAUUGGACGAUAUAAGUGGGAUGCCUGGAACCGCCUGGGCAAGAUGAGUAGGGAGGAGGCCAUGAUUGCCUACAUCACUGAGAUGAAGGUGGUGGCACAGAAGGUGAUCGAUACAGUGCCUCUGGAUGAGGUGGCACCUGACAUGUUUGGUUACUUUGAGCCCCUGUACAGGGUGAUCCCUGACAUGCCGAGGCCCAUGGGAACCUUCCUGAGAAGUAUCCCAGGUUUCGAAGAGCAGGUACCAAAUGGAGAUGCUGGGGUUGCCCCAGAGUCUCCCUGCCUCCCCAAGGAACCAGCACCCCCAAGCCCAGAGUCUCAACCAACCAGGGACCUGGACUCUGAGGUUUUCUGUGAUUCCCUGGAGCAGCUGGAGCCUGAGCUGCAGGUUUGGGCAGAGCAGAUGGACACCGCUGGAGGAGAGCCUGACACCAGAAACAGCCCUGUGCCCCCAACAGGGAAAGAGGGGUUGAAAAGCAGCUUGCCAGGGCCCCAGGAACUGGACUCAUGGCUGGUGGGGACAGUUCGAGCACUGCAGGAGAGUAUGCGGGAUGUCCAGGGAAGACUGCAAAGCCUGGAGAGCAUGCCUGUCCCCCCCAAGCAGCAGAGGCCUCCGUCCAGCGCUCGGCCUUGGCUCCUCAGGCUCUCAGGUCCUACGCUGCUCUUCUUCCUCCUGUGGCCCUUCAUUGUCCAAUGGCUCGUCAGACAGUUUCGGACCCAGAAGAGGUGACUUUCAAUGGAGGAGUCUCUGCAGACAACGGAGGAGGAUCUGUGCCCCUUAGCCUUCCUAGGGUUUAGGAGAACAGCAUUAAUCCCACCCACCACCACUACCAAUUAAUGUUUGCCUUAGCACUCCCCCCCCCCAUGGGGGGGGGCGCAAAUAAGACCCUACCCUUCCCUGCAGCCUCAGAAGGAUGCUUCCGCCACCUCCCAACCCCCAAACCAUCCCAGAUUUCCUCGGAAGGUUGCAGUGCGGUGCACAUCCUGGGUUCUGGGUUGGCCAGUGAUUCGGGGUGGGGCUGCAGCGGCUCAGCCUCUGCCCUCCCCAACCCUGGGUCACCUGACUCUUCUCCCACUCAGCCUCUCCCAGUGGAGGCUCAGCUCUAGGACAGGUUGGGACUUGGGCCGGGUCCUGGGAUUGGUUGGCUGGGAGGCUAUGGGAGGGGGCCGGGAGGCCCCGCCAAGUUGGGGGAAGGCAGAGAGAGCAGGCUCCGGGGGAGGGGCGUGAGCUGAGUUUGCUAGCCUUCCUCUCCCCACUUAUACUCAGGACUUCUUCACUGAAGAUUCACUUACAAAUGAAUGUCUCACUAAAUAAAAUAAAACCUUAAUCUUCUGCGGUCUACAAA